CAUUGUAACACCUCUGAAGCCUCCAGAACAAGCUUUGACCAACUACAGUUACAUAUUAUAAAGGCUGAGUCACAUAGACUGGCUAUCAUUAAGACUUGCGACAGGGAUUUGAGUGGGUGCAUCUUUCACAUCUGGAUAAUGAGCAUGAAUGUGUUACGCAUAUUUAAAGGAGACGAAAUGCAAGUCUAAAUGCAAAUGAGACUGAAGUUCCAUGGAAGAAUUGGAGUUCAGCUAUCAAAGCUUCUACAGUUUUUGGUAGCAUGAGAACAGCAUUUUGAUUAAGCCACGCGAAUCAGGAGGGGCUUUUGUUAAAAAUAGACAUUCUUCUUUCAUUCCAGCCAUGAGCCAUGAAAUUCCAAAACCAGAAUUCAAAUCUGCUACCAGGGUGACCGGGGGGCCUGUCACUCCCAGGAAAGGCCCUCCCAAAUUCAAACAGAGGCAAACCAGGCAGUUCAAGAGCAAGCCACCAAAGAAAGGUGUUCAAGGGUUUGGUGAUGACAUUCCUGGUAUGGAAGGCUUGGGAACAGAUAUCACUGUGAUCUGUCCCUGGGAAGCUUUCAGCCACCUGGAGCUCCAUGAACUGGCACAGUAUGGUAUCAUUUGAAGACGUAGAAGCCAGAAACAGGCCGGAUACAUGCCUUUCAUUCAGCAAAGCAAGAACAGUUCAUGAGCAUUCCCAUUAUCCAUAUUCCUAGCCCUGCAUAUCCACUCUCCCAGUGGUAGCCUGUUGGGGCCUAUAGCAAUUGCUCAUUAAAAUAAAAUCCAAGUGAAUACGUCUUA